AUGGCAUGUUUAGCCCUAAGGCAUUACUUCUGGGCUGCUUAUAGAUUAGUGGUCUUCGUCAGGCCAAGUAUCGGAGUUUUGGAGCUCUUGGGCCUGUCCAUUGGUCACUGUAAAGGAGUUGCCUUAUGGAACCCUGCAACCAGGGAAAUCAAGUCUCUUCCAAGGACAACCUUGAGGCACUCGGAAUUUUGGGAAUGUGCGUUUACAUUUACCGCAUUUGGUCAUGAUCCUAAAACCGAUGACUACAAGGUCUUCAGACUUUUAACCUGUUCAAAUAUGCCGGGCCGCCCUAUCCAGAAAAUGGAAUUAUACACUUUAAGCAGCGAUUCUUGGAGACAAAUGGACUUAGAUGUGCCUGCUCACAUUGAAGGAACUAAUAUCAUAAACACAUGUAUGAAGGGAAUAAACCACUGGUUGGGAUCUGAUCAUGAGAAUGGUGACGUUGUGAUCCUUCUUUUUGACACGAGUGAUGAAGUUUUUGGGGUGAUACCUUUACCGGAUUCUUUUGGCAACCAGCGAGGGGAUAUUGCAGUGUACAAUGAAAUGAUUGCUUUGAUUUUUUAUCCAAACACGUACACCGACACAGACACAGCCACAGAGAAACGCUUCGAUAUGUGGGUGAUGAGUGAGUAUGGGGUUAAGGAGUCAUGGACUAGACUGUUUACAAUUGGAGCUGUUUCAGGUGUUGAGAGGCCUUCGGGAUUUUGGAGCAAUGGCGGAGUUUUCAUGGGAAGUAGCAGUGGGGAGUUGCUUUUGUAUAACCACUUCACUCAACAAUUUAAGAAUCUUGGAGUUUUCUCGGUUGCUAGACGUCCUAGCAUUGAAAGAUAUAUGCAGGUUAUCAUUUACAAGGAGAGCCUAGUUUCCCUUAACGGAAGGCAUGAAGAGGAAGAUGGUAUCAUUCGUGUCCCAUAG